CCCUUCGUACGACAAGAGAAGAGGAGGAGCGACUGUUAUUCCAGAUUGAACGCAUGAAGUUCGGUCGUAUGUACGCUGUAUUAGAAUAUGUGUACGAAAGUAAUAAAUGUUGGUGGGCACCUUUCAUAUAAAGGAUUCAUUUAUUUGGCAGCCCCUUGAAUAUAAACCCUGGGAUUCUACGAAAUCAGUUGAGCUUAGAGCGACAUUACAGAUUCUGGGGCCAGAGCGAGGGCAGUAGGGCAUGAGGGUCACUAUGGCAUUAGCUGAGUCAAAUGCAGCACCUUCUUCCUCGGUUACGCUGCGCAGGUCGAUGUCGAUGGAGCACUUGGAACCUAUUCUUCGGUCCUGAUUUUGAUGGGCGGCCGGAGGAGGGCAGAAGACUUGGAACUUGUGCUAUGUGAAGAGAAGAAUCAUAAUUGGAACAGUGGCAGAUUGCUCGGUGCGAGCUUUGAGCGAUUGUAGAGGCUGGGAUUUGGUAGCGCGAAGGCUGCAGAAGCCAGUGCCGAAAGGCGAUCAGCAGCAGCAAGUAGACGGAUGAACUGAUAUCAGAUUUGAAGCCAUGGGUCGAGAUGAUCUGAAGGUGAGCGAAGCAUUGCCUUCGCCAUCUGACGGCGAACUUGAAGAAGAGGAGAGCGCCGAGUUGGUUCUGUUCCAAGUGAAAGAGUGCUAUGUAUAUUUGAUACCUCCGAGGAAGAGUGCAGCUUCGUAUAGAGCAGAUGAAUGGGACAUCAACAAAUGGAACUGGGAGGGCGCUCUGAGAGUAGUUUCAAAAGGAGAGGAAUGCUUCAUCAAGCUGGAGGAUAAAUCAACAGGAGAACUGUACGCUCAAGCGAUUGUGCGCCAAGAUCAACCUCUUCCUCUGGAGGCUGUGAUCGACAGUAGCAGGUUCUUCGUACUGCGCAUAGAAGACACAUCUAACAGCAAGCAGAAAAGACAUGCAUUUAUUGGACUUGGACUUCGUGAGAGGCCGCAAGCAUAUGACUUUCAAGCUGCAAUAUUUGACCAUGUGAAAUAUCUUAAUAAGAAGAAGGAAGCUGAAGAGAUGGAGCAAGAGUACCAAACGAAACCUUCGGUGGAUUACAGUCUGAAAGAGGGAGAGACUCUCCGACUGCAGAUCAAAACACCCAACAAGACCUCUCCGGGAGGCUCUUUGAAGGCUGGCAAGAUAAUGGAUCUUUCGUCAUUACAAGAGACACUGCCAGAAGCAACCUUGAUGAGGCAGGUAUCAGCUGGUAGUGCGGUUCCUAUCCUGGUGCCUCCUCCACCGCCACCACCGUCACCCCUAUCAGGAGGCUUAUCUCCUGCCAUACCAGGAACCCCCUCGCCUGCCAGCAGCGAUAUUGUGGGGAAGAAUAUAGUCAGUCAAACAGCAGUGAUAGACGGACCAGAUGAAGAUUUCGGUGACUUUCAGGCAGCUUAAACUCUGUAAUUUGUAGAAUAUAAGACAUCAACAAUGUUAUAUCACUGCCAUGGCCGGUGAAGCGAAUAAAUCUCCCUGAACUGGAGAAAAUACAAGCGAGUACUCAGGUGAGGAAUCAAACGCUCGCGUAGUAUUGUACCUCCGAGAUGGACUCGCCUUGGAACCUCAUCAUCACUUAUAGACUGCGCAUUCGUAGAGGCUUAUUGUCAACUAGUGUUGACUCUUUCAUCGCUACUCGAGCAAAUCCGCUGAAGAGAGAUGCCACCCAUGUAUUUUGAUGUUGGCCAGUGUGGUUGAAACGGCCAGAUCUUUAAUCAGGAAGCAACAUCCACUG